AUGGCCAAGUCCAAGAACGCCUCCCAGCACCACAACAGCCAGAAGGCUCACCGUAACGGUAUCAAGAAGCCCAAGACCAACCGUUACCCUUCCCUGAAGGGUGUCGACCCCAAGUUCCGUCGCAACCACCGUCACGCUCUGCACGGCACCAUGAAGGCGCUGAAGGAGCGCAAGGAGGGCAAGCGGGAGAUCGCAUAA